AUCAUCAUCCACCACAAUCCAAAGAUCAUGUCGCCACCAUCGCCCGUCCCAAAAUACAUCUACAAAAUCCUCCCCUCUUCACCGCCUCCUCCCUCACCACUACCUCACAACCUCCCACUCUCAGCCCUCGACGCACGAGACAAUUUCAUCCACCUCAGUACCUCGCACCAAAUUCUCGGCACACUCAACAACUUCUUCACGAACGAGGAUCACGUAUUCAUAUUAAGAGUUGAAUAUACUACCGUAGGGAAGUGGAUCAAAUGGGAGGACUCGAAGGGGAAGAAUCCAGAGGAGAAAGGAGGUUGUUGGGAUGUGAAGGGCGAGAAGGGGGUGUUUCCGCAUAUUUAUGCGAAUGAAGAGGAUGGUGGACUCCGAUUGGGGAGGGAGGAGGUGGAAAGUGUGGGAAAGUGGGCGAGGAAGGGGAGUACAUGGAGUGGAGAGGGGUGGCCGUUUGGGGAGGAUGUUCCUGAAGAGUAGUGAUCUUCGUUCUGUGGAGGGCAUGUCCAACUGCUGGUAUCGUUCAGGUGUUGAUAUAGUAGAGCAUGCUUUCCAAGCUGUCCAAUAAACCAACCAGUCAGCAAUCAGCUAAGUUAUUUUGACAGCUGAUAAGCUUAUCACAUCCAGGGGAAAUAGAACAUUUUGCGGGGCAUUGAUUUACGCUCGUGGAGUAAGCUUCAUGGACACAGCAACGAGUACACUUUACGCGUAUGCAUAAGCCAAUACGGCUGAUAAUCACUGGGAUUUUGAAGAACUACCCACUUUCAGAGUUUUAGGGCCUAAU